UGGCAAAGCUGAUUGAGCUUUUCUUGUUGUUUGUGUUCUUCUUUGUUGUGAUGAAUUUAUUUGUUUUAUUUGUUAGGUUCUCGACAAAUGUCCAUAACCGGCGAAUGCUUUUUUGAGUUUUCGGUUCACUAUCUCUGUUAAUUUUCACAAAAAAUGUACUCCCUCCUGCAUAAAAAGGAAAAUGCGCAUGACGACAGUAUUUGGAGUGUAGCAUGGGGAAAGGUGACAAGGAAAGAGCAGGAGAAAGAAAAUGGUGAAAACCAUGAUGAGAAUUCGAGGGAUUCCAUUCAUCGAGAUCCUCCAUCUGAAUUUAUUGUGACAGGAAGUGUGGACGAUUUAGUCAAAGUUUGGAGGUUCCAUAAUGACCGUCUUGAAUUGGAGCACAGAUUAGAAGGACAUGCUCUAGGAGUUGUAUCUGUUGCAAUUAGUUCUGAUGGGAAUAUGUUAGCAUCCACUUCCCUUGACUCAUCCUUACGACUGUGGGAUCUUGUAUCUGGUGAAAAAAUAGGUUCAAUGGACGUGGGGUCUGUUGAUAUUUGGACCUGUGCCUUUUCACCUGAUGAUAAAUAUGUCAUAUCUGGAAACCAUGCUGGUAAAAUCAUUAUGUACGGUGUAGAGUCUAAGAAGCAGGAACAAGUUUUGGACACAAGAGGAAAAUUUGCGCUCAGUAUUGCUUAUAGCCCUGAUGGAAAGUACAUUGCCAGUGGUGCUAUUGAUGGGAUGAUUGACAUAUUUGAUGUAGCAUCUGGCAAACUAGUCCAUGCAUUGGAAGGACACGCUAUGCCAAUUCGCUCCCUAUGCUUCUCACCCGAUUCCCAACUUCUAUUAACUGCCUCUGAUGAUGGUCAUAUGAAACUUUAUGAUGUCCAACACGCCAAUGCUGUUGGAACACUCUCAGGACAUGCUUCGUGGGUUUUGAGUGUAGCAUUUUGUCCUGAUAAAAACCACUUUGUGUCCAGCUCCUCUGACCACACAGUUAAAGUUUGGGAGCUUAAAGAGCGCCAGUGUAUUAGCACCCUCUCUGUCCAUACUGAUCAGGUCUGGGGAGUCAAGUACAACCCUGAAGGUAACAAAAUUGUGUCAUGUUCAGAAGACCGCUCUAUUAACAUCUAUGACUGUCCAACAUAGUUAUUAAUUAAGGAGACAUGUGAACCUGUGAUUAAUGUUAUUAUUCUUUGAACAGUACUGUGACAUAAAUAUCUGAUUUAGCUUAAUCAUUUCUCUUUUCCAUAAAUCCCAAUUUGGAUUUUCUGGUGUAAAUAAAUGAAUUUGUACAACUA